CAGGCAAGACACUGGCGAGAGGCAGACUUUGCAGAGUCAGUCGAAAUCCAACUGCGUUCAUGUCCAGCAGCUGCCGCCCUUUCGUUCUCACGUAAAAGAGGCGCAUUUUUUUUUUGGUUUUUUUUUGUUGUGUGUUUUCCAAGUGUUUUACAUUUUACAUCGGCGAAGUGUUUGCAUCUUUUCGUGUUUCGCUGUGUCGGUCUGGCAUUGUCACACACCAUUUUGUGCUGCCAAAGUGUGUGUGCGUGCGUGAUAGCCACUUGGAAAGGCCGAUUGGCAAAUUUACAGGUGAUGUUGAUCAGUGAUUUCGUUUGAGUCGAAUCGCCGAGUUCUCGAAACAUUACGACGCUUUGGCAACGUGUUGGCUAAAAGUCAUUUUUCACUGUUUUUGCUGCCAACACAGAAAACCAGCAGCUUUUUCGUUAUGGUGUUGUGCACAUUCUCUCGUCAUCGUUGCGUCAUGGCCAACUAACACUUUGGAGUUUUUCUUUUUCCUUUAAACGAAAGUCAGUGCUAGUGACUUGGUCGUUAUUUUUUUUCAACUUGCUCUUCUGCUGCCAUUUUUUUUUUUUCGCUGCUGGAAGCUGACAUCAUUUUACCUUCAGCCGAUCUACCUGUUGUCAUGUCGCUGCGUGAUUCUUCCGAGGUGGAGGUGGAUGCGGACUCUGAACUGUCGGCGGCCAGCAAGGCCAGUUUCCUGGACAAGGUACGCCAAUCAAAUCAGGCCUGCCAGAAUGGCGACUUCGAGACAGCCGUCGGCCUUUACGGCGAAGCCAUUGCACUCGAUCCGUGCAAUCACAUCCUCUUUUCCAACCGAUCGGCCGCUCUUGUCAAACUCGGACACUUUGCCCGCGCUCUUCAGGAUGCCUCGCGAGCCGUUGAACUCAACGCCAAAUGGCCAAAAGGUUAUUACCGUCAAGGGGUGGCGCUGCAAUGUCUCGGCCGGCAUUCGGACGCUUUGGCGGCCUUCAGUUCUGGCCUGGCGCAGGACCCGAAAUCCCUGCAGCUACUCGCCGGUUUGGUGGAAGCGGCCAUGAAGUCGCCGUUGCGGUCCACCUUGGAACCGACCUACAGACAACUGCAGGCCAUGCGACUGGACAAGUCUCCUUUCGUCGUCAUUUCAGUCAUCGGUCAAGAACUGCUGGCCGCUGGCCAUUACAAGGCGGCCGUUGUCGUCCUGGAGGCGGCGCUCCGCAUCGGCACAUGUUCCCUCAAAUUACGCGGAUCCGUUUUUUCCGCACUGUCGUCCGCCUAUUGGGCGCUUUCCAUGCUGGACCAGGCAAUCAGCUACAUGCAACAGGAUUUGUCGGUUGCCAAAUCGCUGGGCGACACGGUGGGCGAAUGUCGAGCCCACGGCAACCUGGGCUCGGCCUAUUUCAGCAAAGGCAAUUUUAAAGAGGCGUUGACGUCCCAUCGCUACCAGCUCGUUCUGGCCAUGAAGUGCAAAGAUAACCAAGCGGCCGCAUUGGCCUUGACUAGUCUAGGCCACGUUUACACAGCGAUCGGCGAUUAUCCGAACGCCCUGGCCAGCCACAAGCAAUGCCUCCAAUUGGUCAAACAACUGGGCGAAAGGUUGCCCGAAGCCCGCGAAGUGGGCAACGUCGGGGCCGUCUAUCUGGCAAUGGGCGAUUUCGAUGCGGCCGUAGAGUGUCACAUGGAACACUUGAGGAUAGCCAAGCAAUUAGGCAAUCGGGUAGAGGAGGCCAGGGCCUAUUCGAAUCUCGGCUCGUCGCAUCAUUUUCGGCGCAAUUUCGAACGGGCCAUCACCUUCCACAAUCACGUGCUGCACAUCGCCCAGGAGCUCAGCGACAGGAACAUCGAAGCCAGGGCCUAUGCGGGACUGGGUCACGCUGCCCGCUGCAUGUCAGACUACGGCCAGGCCAAGAGGUGGCACGAACGCCAACUGGACAUGGCGUUGAACACGAGAGACAAAGUGGCCGAAGGACGGGCCUGUUCCAACCUGGGCAUCGUGUAUCAGUUGCUGGGCGACCACGACGCAGCGCUGAAACUUCACCAGGCUCAUUUGAAUAUCGCCCGCGUCUUGCAAGAUCGGGCGGGAAUGGGCCGCGCUUAUGGCAACAUUGGGAACGCUUACAGCGCCAUGGGCUAUUACGAGCAGGCCAUUAAGUAUCACAAACAAGAGCUGACCAUCUCCAAGGAGGUGAACGACAGGAGCUCAGAAGCGUCGACGCACGGCAACCUGGCCGUCGCCUAUCAGGCGCUGCACAUGCACGACAUGGCCGUCCUGCAUUACCACAGCCAUUUGAAUAUCGCCCGCGAGCUGAAAGACACGGCCGGCGAGGCCUGCGCCCUCCUCAACCUGGGCAAUUGCCACAGUUCGCGGGCGGAAUUCGGCGCCGCCGUCACGUUUUACGAGCAGUACUUGAUGCUGUCUCAAGAGCUGCAGGAUGUCGAGGGUGAGGCUAAAGCGUGUCACUUCCUCGGCUACGCCCAUUAUUGCCUGGGCAAUUUCAAAGAAGCCAUCCGCUAUUACGAUCAGGAUCUAGCCCUGGCCAAGGAUUUGCAGGACAAGAUGAACAUGGGCCGAGCCUAUUGCAACCUGGGUCUUUCCCAUUUGGCCCUGGGCAACAUGGAGACGGCCCUGGAAUGCCAACGCUACUUCCUGACCAUAACGCACAUCACCAAACACGCGGUGGGCAAGUUCCGCGCGCUGGGCAACAUCGGCGAUUUGAUGCUGAAGAUGAACCAGUCGGAAGAGGCCGUUAGCAUUUACCAGAAGCAGCUGCAGCUGGCCAAACAAAUGCGCGAAAAGAACAUGGAAGCCUCGUCCUACGCCGCCCUGGCCGUCGCUCAUCGGCACAUGGGCUACCAGGACAAGGCGCUCGGCUGCUACACGCAAGAGCUGACGCUCAGGCAAGAGACGGGCGACGUGCGAGGAGAAUGUCGAGCUCACGGCCACUUGGCUAGCGUUCACAUGGCCCUCGGUAAUUACACGCACGCCAUCAAGUGCUACGAAGAGCAACUGGACCGAGCCAAGGAGCUCAGGGACUCGACGAUGGAAGCCCAAGCUCACGGCAACCUGGGCAUCGCACGGUUAAAUAUGGGUCAUUACGAGGAAGCCAUCGGCUAUUUUGAACAGCAAUUGGCCACUUUAGCCCAACUUUCGACGGCCACUGCCAUGCUGGACAAGGGCAGGGCGUUCGGUAACCUAGGCGACUGUUACGACGCUCUAGGCGAUUACGACGAAGCAAUCAAGUGCCACGAACAAUGUCUGGCCAUUGCGCUGAAGACUAAGAGCCUUCGAGAUCAAGAACACGCGUACCGUGGCCUGGGCCAAUCGCAUCGCUGCCUGGGCAAUCUCCAGCAGGCGCUCGUCUGCUUCGAGAAGCGACUGGUCGUGGCCCACGAGCUGGGCAACACUGCGGCCAAAGCGCAGGCUUACGGAGAGCUUGGUCAACUGCACAGUGUCCUGGGCAAUUUUGAGCAGGCCGUUUCGUGCCUGGAACAUCAGAUUUCCAUCGCUCGCAAACUGAGUGAUCGUCAAGUAGAGGCCGAAGCGGCCAGCGGACUGGGGUGCGUCUACCAGCAAAUGGGAGACCAUUCCAAAGCACUGCAAUACCAUCAACUCGAUCUUCGGCUGGCCGAAGAAACGGGCUCGUCCGGCGGACAGUGCCGGGCGUACGGCAAUCUCGGAGCCACCCAGGAAUCACUGGGACAUUUAGACGAAGCAGUUCAUUGCCAUGAGCAGCACUUGAGCAUGGCGGCACAAAUCAAUGACAAGGUGGCCAAAACAAAAGCUUUCGCUAGCUUGGGCCGUCUUCAUCAUGGUUUGGGGAAUCCCAGCCAGGCCGUUGCCUACCUCCAGCAAGGUCUGCAGAUUUCGGAGGCCCUCAGUCUACGAGAAGAAGAAGCCCGCAUUCGCCACCGGUUGGGACUGGCUCUGUGGGGAUCGGGCGACCUGGAAGGCACGCAAGGCCACAUGGAACGGGCAGCCGGACUUCUGGAAGCCGUCAGACGGGAAGCCCGCGGUAGUGCCGAUUAUCGACUCUCCCUCUUCGACCUCCAGACGGCCUGUUAUCAAAUUCUACAACGAGUUUUGGUCGAUUUGGGCCGUUCCAGCGAGGCCCUCCUCGUAGCUGAACGUGGACGGACCAGAGCCUUUGUCGAUUUGCUACUCGAACGUCAGGGGGCGGCGACCAGUGACGCCGAAACCCGCGGAAGUCACGGCCGGGUGGCUCUUUUUGACGACUCGCUGCCCGUCAGCGUCGAACAGAUUAUGGAAAUUGUGAACAAGCAAAAAGCCUCCGUGCUCUACUACAGUUUGGCAGCCGGAUACCUUUACUGUUGGCUCAUAGUUCCAGCUAAAGGCGUGGUUGCCUUCCAUCAAGCCGCCAUCAAUGCGGAAGGAGUCGACGGAGUUCGAGCUGAUUCUUCCGAUUGCGGCAACGGUGGACAAGAUAAUGAAACUGAAUUACCAAAAGGGGAAGGAUCUUUGCUGGAUCAGUACAUCCAGGGAAUCCGCGAAGCUCUUGGAGUCGAGUGGCAAUCGAGCGGUGGCAACGGCCGCGAAGAUAACGGCGACCUGGAAGAUCUUUGGUCUCAACAUUUGGGCGAACUCGGAGAUAAAAUGAAUCAGGAAGGAGAUCGUUCCGGUUUCUUGCGGAUGGUCAAUCGUUCUCACGCUUUCAACAGCAGUAAUUACAGUUUGUCCAGCCUGUUCAGCCUGGGUAGUGUGUCCAUCAAUAGCGGACAGUCUUCCAGUCAAUUGUCGUCCGUCUCCAGACCGGGCAGUUUACGCCAUUCACGUAGAAGCCUUUGGCAAGGACCCGCCUGUCUCCGUUCGCUCUACGAUUUGCUAUUGGCGCCCGUCGAAGAUCGUCUGACGCAAUACGGCCAAUCACCCCUAUCGGCCAGCUCGACCUCCAGAGAACUGGUCCUCGUACUGGACGGUGACCUCUACCUUGUUCCGUUUGCCCUCCUCAAACCUCAGAGCAGCAACGAUUACCUUUGCGAACGAUUCAGUUUGAUUGUCAGUCCGUCUUUGACGUCACUUAGGACGGGCCAAAAGAGCGCAAGUCGCAAUAAUAAAUUGCUGCAAAUGCAUCAAACACGUUCAGCUGGCCCACUGACGGCCGUCUCGCUUUCGAGCUACUCGUCCGGUAUGGUAGGUGGCGAUUCACUGGAACAACAGCCGGCCACAUCGGCAUUGGUCAUUGGUAACCCCAAAAUGAGCCAAUCCGUCGUGGAACAAUGGGGAUGGACGGACAUUCCUUACGCCGAACAGGAGGCCGUUGUCAUAGCUGAAAUGCUGCAAACACCUUCGCUGCUGGCCGGAGCUGCAGCCACAAAAGAUGCUGUCCUCCGCCAUUUAUCACAAGUCGAAUGCAUCCAUUUCGCCACUCAUGUCUCGUGGAAGAUGUCGGCCAUUGUUUUGGCACCGUCCAUGGACGGACUGGCUGCUAGCGACGGUGAUGGAGCCAGCACGACGGGCAGCGCUCGUCCAUCACUUCACCAACAAGAUGAUGAUAUCAAAUCUGUGGCUUCCGGAAUAGCUCCGUCUUCAUCGGCCGCUACGACUGACUUACCAGCCUUAUCCGAAUUCUUGCUGACGGCCGCUGAUAUCCUUAAUCUGCGUCUGUGUGCCCGUCUCGUUGUGGUCAGUUCAGUUCACACUCGCGACCAUCACGGUGUGGCUGAUUCGGAUGGAGUAGUUGGCCUGACUCGAGCUUUGUUAGCUGCUGGAGCUCAAUCCGUCCUCGUUUCCCUAUGGCCCGUCCCCGACACGGCCGUCAAAAUCUUCAUGCGUACCUUCUAUUCUUCGCUGUUACAGGGAGCGAGAGCAAGCCGGGCAUUGUCUGAAGCCCAGCAAACUGUUCAACACACGAAACACUUUGCCCAUCCAGCCAAUUGGGCGGGUUUCGUUCUUGUAGGAGCGGACGUCAGGCUGUCUAAUAAAGUGGCGUUGAUGGGCCAGGCGUUGACGGAAUUGCUCAAGACGCCGGAAAAAUGCCGCGACGCGUUGAGAGUGACGCUCCAUUUGGUGGAGAAGUCCCUCCAGCGGAUCCAUCGAGGAUACCGCAACGCUAUGUACACGACGCAGCGAAGUAUCGAGAAUAAGGUCGGCCCAGUCACCGGAUGGAAAGAGCUCCUCAUAUCGGUCGGGUUCCGUUUCGAACCGGCGGCUAAUAACAUCCCAGCGUCCGUCUUCUUCCCGCAAAGCGAUCCGGGCGAACGACUGACUCAAUGCUCGGCCAGUCUCCAGGCUUUGCUGGGAUUGACUACACCCUCUUUGCUGGCCAUUUCUAAAUUGCUGGCCAGUUCCGAAGCUUCGACUGACGAUAUAACGGCCGUUUUGCGCAACGCCACUGUCCAGCUGGGCUUACGGGACCUGGAAAGCGAGAGCGUCGAUAUCCCCGUUCCAGUCAAAUUAUGGCGUUUGCCCGGCUGCCACGAAUUGUUGGCAUCGCUCGGUUUCGACCUGAUGGAAGUUGGACGCAACGAAGUGACACUCAGGACGGGAAAACUGGCCAAUAAGCGCAAUAUCCAAUUCGCCCUUCAAGCUCUUUUGGCUCUGUUCGAAACUUUAGACACCCCCACCAGCCUAUCACUGGACUCGUCCAGCUCUGUAGAGAGCCUGACAUCCGACGAGGAAGAAGAAGAGCAGGAACAGGACGGAACGUCCAACAACCAACGGAACGUUGUAUCUAAUCGAUCCGGCCGUUCUGCGCCAUCUGUUGUCAACAGCGGCGGAGGAUCUGGGGGAGCCAACGGAACUGGAAGAGUUGGAACAGGAACUCAUCAAACCUAUUCCAGUUUGGUGUCCCGCCGGAUGCCCCUGUCCGCCAGUGUCAAGUCGGCAUUCAGCAGUUACGUUCGCAGUGGCUGUCGGGGUGAACCAGAUGGCAGGACGGCCGUAGGAGGUGAUUCACGUGGCCGGGAGAGUGACGCUGCUUUUACUCCUAGUCCCGUCGAUCCUGUACACCGCACAAGCUUGGGUCAUAGAGGAGGACAAAGUGGUGGAAUCGCUGGCCUGCUGGCCGGUAUGUCCAGCAGUGCCGGAAGCGAUCGAGGAGUUCCAGUACCGAGCCUACGCAUGUCGUUGACGUUGGCCCAUCAAUCUAAAAUCCGUUCCAUGUACUGCUCACGUCAAAGUUUGGCUUCUCAAGAAAACAGCUCGCCGGCCAGCGAGAUGGGCACUCCCAUGCAAAACAGUGGCAGCAACAAUCCGUCGCGUCCGGAUUCUUCUUCCAGCACUACCAGCUCGGCGGACUGGGAAAGCGGAUUGUCAACCGUCCGUCGCCAGCCGCCCAUCUCCACCUCACUGGGCAAAGGCCAAACAUCCAAUCCGCGCAAAGUGGAGGACAUUAGCGCAUUUAACGAAUCGCGUUUGAGGCUAGACGCUAAAAGCUUCGGCCUGCAGAACAACACAAUGGCCGACGCUCGUUCACGGUCCCGUUUCAAGCCAUCUGGCGGUUUCGCUGCUGGACUUAAAAGACAAAUGGCUCUUCAUCAAGCCGUGGCCGAUGAUAACGAAAAUGGUAAUAAUGGCAAAACAGGAUCGGCUCGUUCUGGCUCACUGGACACACUCGAUCGUCUAAGCGUCCGCAGCGAGCUGGCCAAAGCUCCGUCUGCUUUCCCAGCGGCUGGGCCGGCUAUGCAACAACGUCGUCGCCAUCGAUCUGUGGAGCGUCAACUGGAUGAUGACACCGACUCAGUCAUUUGCGAGACCAAUGUCACACCCGACCGUGAAGCUGUUUCUCACGUCAAUGAACGUUUCUCGGCCGCCGUGUUCCAUCACUCGAAACCGGGCAAGUUAGUAAUGGCCAAAGCGGCCGCUGCGGCUACGAGGACGCUCCAUAAAGGAGGAACAACUCGGCCGUCUAUGACGAACCAACGGCCGUUAGACAAUUGUCCAUCGGAUCACGAAAUGGAAGCGUCCAGCGUCAUCUAUUCCUUACGUCCAGGAGAGUCGGAAUUGUCCAGCGGAGUUCAGUUGUCACACAAUGCCGGUUCACGUAGCAUCCAGGAUCACAUCAUCGCAACGCAAAUGAAUCGACUCAACCGCGAAAUGCCAAUUUCCGAUGUCUAUCACGAACGAAAUAUGGGUCUUGGCCUGGCUCCGCCCCUCUCCGAGCUGCUAGUCAACACGAAUGGCCCUAACGGCAACUUGGUGGCAGCAGCGGCAACAGGGUCGAGCAGCGUGACUUCGUCCGAGGACGUUUUCAAUUCGUUUGAUCAAAUCUCAUUGGCUGACACGGUGACGGAACUCGGUGAUAAAACAGAACCAUCUGCUUUAAUAAAGAAUCUUGGCUACGCAAAACGACCACCUCCUCGCCCCACCAAACUGCAACAGUUCGGGUCAUCGUGGGGCGCGUCGAGUGGAGCGUUCCAUGCCACGGGUUCACGCCUUCAACAUCGUAUUAGUGUUUUCGAUACGUCAUCCCCCGAAGCGGAAAUAUCAACUUCUUCGGCCACUAUGACCCUCCGUCAAGGUAUUUUGGAUAUGACGAGACGGGAUGAAGCGGAUGGUCGUUCCAUGACUGACUCGAACUACAGCGGCUAUUCGCCGCAUCGUAACUUGAAAUUAUCGACCGCAAUGCCGCAUCAGCAGCACGCCAAUGUCGGUCGUGUCACAGACUCGUCCGUCAUCAGCAAAGAGAACAAGAGUAACACGAUUCACGCUGUUGCCAUCAUCGAAUCUGACGCAAGAGCCAAUGACAUCGCUUGAAUGCGAUAUUCGUUGGUUUCCAUAAUCACUCAAACUUAAUUUAGAAUCAAAGCUGGUGCCUUACUUUGCCAAAUAAAUCCAUUCCUUGUCGUUUUUUUUCGUUUUAAAUUGUUACCGUCCAAGACAGCUUUCAGUUCGAUUUAAAUUGUACAGUUCCAACCAUUAACUCAUUUAUUUGCUACGCAAUUCGUUGGGCGCGGGUUCCAUAUCGGCAUCGAAGUUGCUCCGGAAAUCGUACAUUUCUUGGAAGACGCUAAUAAAUUAUGUAUUCUAUUCACGAUGGGAAAUGUCAUGUGGAGUAUUGAGGUGUUAUUUUAAGUAAAAUCUCUUUUCUAUUAUUCCCUUUAAUAUUUUGUUCAGCAAGUGCUCUUCAUAUUACCGUACCCCCAUGAUUUGUGAAUUUUCUCGACAUUUACAUACAAGUGUUUUACGUAUAUGGUUUUUUUAAUGUAGAGAACAAAUGCUUGCUACAAUAGAAAAUUGUUUAUUUAA